CUCUGCUUGGCCCUUCUCGAGGCGAUGGCGGGAGGACGUGCUGGUCGUCCGCUUGGUCUGAAGCAGGAGGUAGCUCGAGAUUGCGGAAGCGGAUCAGGGUGGCGAUUGCCUUGCCGGAGCUCUUCAGAUGACCCGUUCUAUAGGAGAAGACACAUAGAGCGGCGAUGGCAACACGGGUCAACGGCAUCAGCAACACCGGAGUGCACUCCGGACUACCUUUGCUUCCAGAUGUGGGUCUCUCACAGGGAGGAAGAAGAAAAUCAUGGAAACAAGUUCAGCAGUAGAAACAUCACCAUGGGUGGAUUUGGUGACACAAAUGUACAUAAGCGAGGACAUCAUCUUUUUGCUGAUUUGCGUGUUGGCUGGCCCGAACUGAGCGACACCCCUAAUGCUAACCGAUUUAUUUUAAGAAUCAAAUAUCCAAUGGUGGAUGUGCUUGCUUCUGAUUGCACAUAUCGCUUUAGAACAUGGUAUUUUGUUUCUGCUUUUACAUUGGCUCAUACAUGAAUGUGGUGCAAAG